CUUUCUCUUCUGCACAGGCUAAUUGAGUUGGAGUCUGUCCUUUUGGAUGAUUGCAAUGUCAAUGACAUCUAUGCAAUUUGCCAGGGCAAAUCCUUACCAGAAGCUUUGCGUCCCGAUGUUUGGCAGGUGUGUUUGGAUGUUCGCCACAAAAGCGAUCAAAUGUCUUUGUUCAAUGAGAUCUAUGAUUUGCCCUUUCAAAAUAAACUCCGAGAAGACUGCCAAAAAAUGUUGGAACGUAUAGGCAAUGAUGACGAGGACAAAGUAUCGGUGCUGUCCGAUUUGGAAUCUAUACUCACAUUUUAUUGUAAAAAUCGAAAUCUACAAUAUGAGAGUGACAAUGGCUGGAUUGAAUUGCUGCUGCCUUUGCUGGCCCUCAAACUUAAUCGCUCGGAGACCUAUAACCUAUUCGAGGCCAUAAGAGAUACUUAUAUACCAAAAGGCUGCAAACCAAAAGGCAAUGUAUUUCAUGUGUUUCGUUUGCUCAUACUAUACCAUGAUCCUGAGCUAUGCACCAUGUUGGAUACAAAGAAAAUCUCACCUGACCUCUAUUCCCAGCAAUGGUUCCAGUGUCUUUUCGCCUCCAGUUGCAGCUUCUCAGUGAUACUAUCCAUGUGGGAUUUAUACUUUCAACAUGCUGAUCCAUUUUUGGUAUUCUUUUUGGGAUUGAUUAUAUUAAUCAAUGGACGAGAUCAAAUAUUGGCCUUGAAGGAUUCACCCAAAGAGCAUAUAAUUGAGUUUUUGACUAAUAUGCCUUGUGCUUUGGAAACAGAUGAUGUGGUCGACUUUUGCUCAUUAGCUCAAUACUAUUCGCUAAAGACGCCCAGUUCAUUCAAGACAGACUUUUUGAAAGCUUUGUAUGGCAAACAAAAUGAGAAGGGCACACCGGAGGAAUGCGCAGUGUCACAGGCCCUUUGUCUUCCCGUCUCCGUUUAUGAACUGGUGGACAAUUCAUCCAUGGAAUUGUGUUCACCCGACACAGUGCGUUUCUUUUUGGUCGACUGUCGUCCAGCCGAACAGUACAAUGCGGGUCAUUUGUCAACGGCUUUUCACUUAGACUGCAAUUUAAUGCUACAAGAGCCGGUGGCUUUUGCCACUGCGGUCCAAGGUCUACUAUCUGCCCAACGUCAGUCCAUUGAGGCCAAUUCCAAUGCAGGCGGUGAACAUUUAUGCUUCAUGGGCAGUGGCCGUGUGGAAGAAGAUCAGUAUACACACAUGGUGGUGGCCUCAUUUCUGCAGAAAAAUACCCAAUAUGUCUCACUCCUGAGUGGUGGCUACAAUGCCAUACACGAUUAUUUUGGUGAUCAUAUGGCCGAUUGUUUAGAAGAUCACGAACCGAAAAAGUGCAUGGUAUGCAAUCGCCAUAGCUCAAACGAAAUAGAAGGUGUACAGUUAAGGCAAAAGACAGGACAGCAAGGAAAACGAGAUGCUUCCUCCAAGCAGGGAAGCUCAACGGAUUUCUUCAAUAGAUUCUCGCAGGUUAUGAAAUUCAAAACGGCCGAGGUUAAGGGCAAGCUGCUGGACAUUAUUGUCAAUCCCACAAAUGUAGCGGCACCCACAAACGAAAGUGCUGGCAACAAUCAAAGUGCGGUGCAACAACGCCAUGUUUCGGCAGCUGAACGCAAUGGCAAACGUUAUCGUAAUGUGGCCCCUGUAUUUAGUAUUGACGAUGAACAUGAUGGUGAAUUUGAGGGAGGCCAUUCUCUGGACGAUGCCAAGGACUUGGGCGCUACCAAAAUGCCGGGAGAUGUCAAAGAGAUAGUCUCGCUGAAUAACUAUUUAAAAUCUCCGGACAUAAUGAAUGCCUUUAGAUGCCAGGAGGUGCAUAUGAGCGGCUACAUGUAUGAUUCCCAUUUAAUUAUAACCCCAACACAUUUGAUUGUCUUAAGAGAGCUGGCAAGAGGACAAGCUCAAAUUGUAGUACGCCGACCAUUGGCCAGUAUUGUUAAGAUCACCGCCAAGAAACGCCAUAGGGAUUUGAUAACAUUCAAGUAUGGCUUUCCGGUCGGCGAUAGCCUGGAAAUUACCGACAUGGAUCGUUUUCUUAUACCCAAUGCUAGUGAGGCCACAGCCAUAGUGUCAAAGCAUAUAGUACAGACACUGGAUGAUACAAAAUUGACGUAAUCUUUCUAAAAAUCGUAAAAAAGUGCUGUAAUAUAUUAAAGAAAAAGAGAAGAAGAACAAGAAGAUAUAACGUAGAGCAGUGCUAUUUAUAGAGAGACAAAAGAAAAGAAACUGCAAACAAUUCCCCUCUCCAUAUACAUUUAUAUUUUUUAUUAUAAUUUAAUUUUUGCACUCGUACACUCCCUCCCCUACCUAUGCGCCCCAUUUACAAGGGCGUUUUUAAACAAAAAUUUGCAUUGAAUAAAACAAAAUUAGAUGUUAGUACUUAAAGCUACAAACCUAGA